CUUUUCCCUCCCCCCCCAACCCCACUUCCAAUAUCUUUUCGUGCCCUUAACUAUUUAUUUUAUUAUCUUUCAUUGAUGUCAAAACAGCAAUUGUUAUUUAAAUUAUUUAGGCCAUAUAAUUUUACCUCUUUCAAACAAAUUCCACGUCGUUCGUUUACUUCUUUUCGACAAGAAAGAGUUUUGGAUUAUCCACGAUUUACUAUCGAUCCUAAUACAAAUGGUAGAUGGAUUACACCAAAAGAUUUACAACAUUAUCAAUAUUUAGAAAAGGGACAAAAAGCAGAAAAUGAAUUAGUGACUUUAACAGGCCGAAUAGCAGUUAAACGAGAAUCUAGUACAAAAUUGAUAUUUUAUGAUAUUAUUCAAAAUGGUGAAACAAUUCAAGUAGUUGCAUCUAAAAAUAGAUUCCCUGGUCAUUUAAACGAUUUUAUAAUCAAAAAUAACGCAUUAAGUAGAGGGGAUAUAGUCUCAUUUACAGGUGUGCCUGGUAAAACAAACCAUGGUCAGCUAAGUCUAUUUGUAACUCAGGAAAUGAAAGUCCUUACACCUUGUCUACGAAAUAUUCCUCGUAAUGGAAUAAAGGAUCAAGAGAAAAGGCUUCGUGAACGUUAUUUGGAUUUGUUAGUUAAUCCUGAAGCAUCAAGAGUUUUAAGAACUAGAUCAAAAAUUAUUCAAUUUAUUAGGCAUUUUCUAGAUAGUCGUGGCUUCCUUGAAGUCGAAACACCUAUCCUAUCCGGAAAAUCAGGAGGAGCAAACGCUCGUCCAUUUGAGACACAUUCACAUGCAUUCAAUAUGGAUAUGCAAUUACGUAUAGCACCAGAAUUAUAUUUAAAACAAUUAGUUAUAGGCGGUUUCGAUCGUGUCUAUGAGAUUGGCAAGCAGUUCAGAAAUGAGGGAAUUGAUGCUGAUCAUAAUCCUGAAUUUACAACUUGUGAGUUUUAUCAAGCGUAUGGUAACUUGGAAAGUUUAAUGCAUGAUACUGAAACGUUAUUAUCAGAGAUGGCUACAGCAAUCUGUGGCGAUAGUUCAAUUCAAUCAAAGUCGGGUGAAAUAAUUGAUUUUAAAAAGCCAUUCCAUCGAAUCAAUGUAAUGGAUAGACUAGAGAAUGAAUUGGGAGUUUCUUUAACAUUCUUAGAACAAAGUGAUGCUGUAGAUAAGUUAGUUUCCUUGUGCGAAACAAAGAAAAUUAAGCUGUCAGGCCCGCUUACCCAACCACGUAUCCUUGACAAGAUGAUUUCAAAAUUUAUUGAGCCUCAUUGUGUACAGCCCACAUUUUUGUACAAUCAUCCACUUGCAUUAAGUCCCUUAGCAAAAGAUGCUAUUGAUAAAAAGGGAAGAACUGUUGCUGCAAGAUUUGAAUUAUUUGUUGCUGGAAAGGAAUUGGUCAAUGCUUAUGAAGAAUUAAAUGAUCCUCAAGAGCAACGUAAACGCUUCAAGCUACGGCUUCAAGAUCGGGAUACAGGCGAUUUAGAGGCACCUUUACCAGAUACAGAUUUCUGUGAUGCUCUAGAAUAUGCUUUACCUCCUACUGCUGGUUGGGGUAUGGGUAUUGAUAGAGUUGUACAACUGAUGACAGGUAUGACUCACAUUCGUGAAGUCCUCACUUUUCCCAUCAUGCGCUCAAUUACAGUAAACUCAAAUCGAGAAGUAGAGAAAAAAGGAAAAGAAGCCAUUUAAUAUAAAUUAUAAAAGCUUAAUUAUUUGUAUCCAAGCAGUGCAAUCAUAAUAAAAGAAAUUUCACUUUAUUUAUUGUGUGG